AUGGUGGAACAACGAGAGAUCCGGAGGAGGGAAGCAAAUUUACCAGGAUAUUCGGGAAUGAAAAUCUCAAAUAGCAGCUAUCCUACAACCAAAACAUAUGCUGGUUUAAAAGAACAGGGGAAUAAGGAGAACACAGUAUUUCCAAUACGAACGAUUACCCUGAGAGGAUCGCCGGCGAAGGAGAUUAAGAAAGAAGGACCCUCUAGACGACUCUCAGACGCUGAAUUCCAAGCCAAGAGAGAGAAGGGACUCUGUUUUAAGUGUGAUGAGAAAUAUUACUCCGGGCACAAAUGCAAGGCGAAGGAUAUACGCGAGCUACGGAUGUUUGUGGUCAGAGAUGACGACGUAGAGGAAGAAAUCAUUGAGGAAGACGAAUAUGAUAAAAAAAACUUGAGAGUCAUGGAGCUGCAGCACGACCCGGGAGAAGUAGUAGAGUUAUGUAUUAACUCAGUAGUGGGAUUGACAAAUCCGGGAACCAUGAAGAUAAGAGGCACACUCCAAAGUAAGGAAGUCGUCGUGCUGGUUGACUGUGGAGCCACCCACAACUUCAUAUCCGAUCGGCUAGUCAAGACACUGAAAAUACCCACAAAAGACACUGCCAACUAUGGGGUGAUACUGGGGUCAGGAACAGCCAUCAAAGGCAAGGGGGUGUGUGAAAAAGUAGAGUUGAACCUCAUCGGGUGGACAGUCGUGGAGAAUUUCCUACCACUGGAACUAGGAGGGGUAGAUUUGAUAUUGGGAAUGCAAUGGUUACAUUCCUUGGGAGUGACGGAGAAGGAUUGGAGGAAUCUAACCAUGUCUUUCUUUCACAACAGUAGAAAAGUGGUGCUAAAAGGAGAUCCAAGCUUGACUAAAACUCAAAACAUUGGAGGCACGUCAAACUGA